UCGUGACAUCCUGUCAUACCUCUCCAUCGACUCCUCAAUUCCUCGGCAAGGCAAUCCGUCCGUAUCGGCGCCUGAAUCCGCCCCGUUAAAACCAUUGAUUGCGAACCAAUUCUAUUCUCCUAAAGUAGUGAAAUAAUUUCAAUAACAUUUAACGCAGUUCUAACGCUUUCGAUUGUGAAUGAUGAAGUUCCCAGUGCAUUAGCAUUACUGCCGGACGCAAUCGUCCGAUCGUCAGUGAUUGGAAGUGAUCGUUGGUAAUCGUAACUGAUAGUCGUUAAACUGGAAAUUGAUGAGGCGACGUGUGAAGGCAGAUGAUUUGAGUGUUCUACAAUCGUGAUAAGAAGAGCAAACAUUGGAAGUGUGACUGGAGGAGGCAAGAGACUAUCGUGUUUUCAGUUAGAUCGGUGUACAAAUGACUGAGAUAAGCAUGGUAUCGUACUACAAUCAUCUGUCGAUGUACAGACAGCAGCAGCAGAAUGCAAGCUCCCAGCAGUUGGCCCAGCAGAGCCAGCCGCAUGUCCAGGCGCAUCAGCAUGCCCACCAGCAGCCAGGUGGCCAGCAGUACUGGCACCCGGGCUAUGGGCAUCAUCAUCAGGCGUCCGGGGCCCAACAGUACCUGGAGCACUCGGAUGUCUUCGGCUGGCCACAUCCCCAUGCACAUCCGUACUCACAGCUACAGCAGUAUCAUCAGCAGAUGUAUCAGGCACAGAACGAGCCGACCCCUGCACAUCAGACGCCGAUCAAUGGGGUGGCCGAUUGGAGUGGCGAUGAGGGGAACAAUAAUGGGGUGGGAACUGGUGAGCCCAGUCCACCUAUCACUGUCAGUGGCAGUGAGAUCAGCAGCCCUGGCACCCCUUCGUCGCCAAAUGGUAAUAAUAAUAGUUCUAAUGCCGCGAAUAACAACAGUGCAUCGAGUACACCGAUGAGACCUGCACAGCUCAGGAGCCCUUAUGAGUGGAUAAAGAGGCCGUCCUACCAGCAUUCACAAAAUCCAGAUGUUGAAGACAAGAAACCAACGGUGAAGAGUGAGCAUGAUGUAAAUACUGCUGUUGCAGCCUGCAGCGCGGCUGGAGGUUCAACUGGCUCUCUGUCGAUAUAUCCAGAUCUCUGCAUCCUGGAUGGCAAAACGCGAACGAAAGACAAAUAUCGAGUGGUUUACAGCGACAAUCAGAGGUUCGAGUUGGAGACCGAGUUCUGCAGCAGCAAGUACAUUACCAUCAGGAGAAAGGCUGAGCUGGCGGCUAAGCUCCAAUUAUCUGAAAGACAGGUGAAGAUAUGGUUUCAAAACCGCCGAGCAAAAGAGCGCAAACAGGGAAAAAAGCGAAUGGAGAUGGAGCAGAAGGACAUCAAGUGCGAGAGCCUCACGAGCGGUGGAAUGGCGAGUCUGGCGGCACUUGGCCAAAUGACCGGUAUGCUAGGUGGGCUGAUGCACAACAGCGGCUCACCACCUCUCGCCCUCGCGCCCCCACUUGGCCUCGGUCAUCCUAGUACUCUCCAUACCCACCAGCAUCCACAUCCCCACACCGUCAUGGGAUUGUGACCUGAAGGCACUGGUAAUGCCGAGUCGUGGUUAGAUCGUCAAUAAACAUCGAGAAUUUACCCUCGAAUAAAAUCAUUUCUCGCGUCGCUCGAUCCAAAUGAUUUAUUCCUCGGUUGAAUUUUCCAUUUUCCAAAACUAUUCCAUUUUUCCCCUGGCGAUUUGUUAGACUUUAACACAUCGCGAGGAGAUUCAUCGAUCGAUAUUCAAUCAAAUCGACAAUUAUCUGAAGCACUAUAAUUACUUUGUCAACGCGAAAAGACAAUUUUGUAGAUCAAAGCAGUGAAAAAAUGUUCGACUGACGAAAUUUUUUUCAUGCAAAGGACUUUUCGAUCGUAAAGAGGAUAAUUCUCUUGAUAUUGAUUGGGUUAGUAUCGAUCCAUUGAUUUGGGCAGCGCCGCAACAAUGAAAAUAUGCACAGAUGUGAAUCACUGACUCGAAACUUUUACCACGACUUGAAGAUUAACUUUUUGUAAAUAAAUCUUGCAACAACUCGGAAUAAUUUGCUUGACGAAAUUGUACAUAGAUUCAGUCGUAUUUUGAAAUCAUAAAUGUCACGAUAUUCACGUGAUAAUUUGAACGAAAAGCUUCCUAGGGGUUCGUUGUUUUGUUUGUUGAUUCUAAUUAUAUUUCAUUGAUCAUUUUAUUUUCAUUUUUUUAUACAAACAUGAGUCCCUCCAUUAUUUCUGCUUUGGAUGCAUGAAAAGAAAUUUAUUAUAACCGUUAGUAUUAUUGAGCUCAGUUAUUGCUGUUGAAAUUAUUUUAUUGGAUCACGAGUUUCUAUCGUUUUUUAACUUAUAGUUUUAAUAUAUUAAUUCAAUUUUUACCAGAUGCCUAACGAAUUAUUUUUGCGCGGGCGCAAUCCAUGGGACGAGUAAAUUUGAAAAAUGAUGGGUUUGAGUAUGGAACCUUCGUUUCUUCAAUUUUAUGACGAGGAAAAUCAACAAAUGUGGGGCAAAAAUGUAUCCUUAAAAUCAGUGAUUUUAGAAUGUUCUUUUCCGCAUUUUUGUUUGUGAUUUUUAGGCAGAGUUGUACUCUAGAUCGAUUUCCCAGCGCAAAAUAUCGAGCAGGUACUACAAAUAGAGCAUCACAAGCGUGAAUUUUUCCCCAUAAGAAAAUUAUAAAAAUACAGUGACAGUUAAAUCAGGAUGAAAAUCAUAAUCCAUGAAAAUAAUUUCACACCUGAGUAUCUUUGGCCCUAUUACAUAGGCGUUAAAAAAUGUUAUUCACGGUUGUGUUAAUCGUAAGAGAUUUUUUUUAGUAUUAAUUGAAACGCAGUCGCGCAGUGGAAGGGGCGUGAGACAUCCGACGGACGAGGAAAUCGUUAACAAAAUCAUUCAUUAGAUCCAGCGAACGCGCGAUGAAACGAAACAGUUUUUGGGAAUAUCUCGGAAUUUUUAUGGAGCUUUUUUUACAGCCCUCGCUUUUCUCUAGAAGAAUUCUUAGGUCCCUAUAAAAAUUUUGAUGUGCCAAAGACUUGGAAUACAAUUGAUGCAUUUUGUUCCACCCCUUCGAUGCUGAAUUAAUUAAUGAAUUGAUUACUUAACUAAUUAAUUCUUGAAUCAAUAGAUAUAUUAAUUGUUUCUCACUCACUCGAAACAAUUCAAAUUAGUAAUUAAAGUAAAAUUAGUUGUAAAAAAAUCCUACAAAAAUCACUCAAUGGAUUCAGCGGACAAGUGGUGAGACAAAACAAUUUUCGGGAAAUAUCUUGGAAUUUUUAUAGAGUUCUUUUUUCUAGCCUUCCCUUUUCUGGAAAAAUGGACCCUAUGAAAACUUUGAUACGCCAAAAACUUGGAAUAAAACUGAUGCAUUUUGUUUCACCCCUUUGAUGAUGGAUUAAUUGAGUAAUUAAUUGAUGACUUAAUUAAGUCUUGAAUCAGUACAUCAAUUAUUUGCUUCUCAAUUACUCGAAACAAUUAAAAUUAGUAAAAAAUUAAAAUAUUAUAUUUCAUUAAAAUUAGAAUCAAAGUAAAAUCAAUCGAAAGAAAUUUCCAGAAAAAUCACUCAUUAGAUCCCGCGGGCAAGUGGUUAGAAAACCAUUUUUGGAAAAUAUCUUGGAAUUUUUACAGUUUUUUUUUGUAGCCUUCCCUUUUUCUGGAAGAAUGGAUCCUGUGAAAAUUUUGAUAUGUCGAAGACUUGGGAUAAAAUUGAUACAUUUUGUUUCACCCCCUUGAUGCUGAAUUAAUUAAUGAAUUGAUUACUCAACUGAUUAAUUCUCCAAACAACAUUAAUUAUUUUUUUCUCAAUCACUUAAAACACUUAAUCGUAAAAUUAGUCGAAGAAAUCGUAAAAAAAUCACUCAUUAGAUUCAGCGGACAUGUGGUGAGACAAAAUAAUUUUUGGGAAACAUCUCGACAUUUUUAUAGAGCCCUUUUUCAAGAGGAAUCGUCCCGAAGACUUGUAAUAAAAUUGAUGCAUUUUGUUUCGCCCCUUUGAUGCUGAACUAAUUAAUGAAUUGAUUACUCAACUGAUUAAUUCUCCAAAAAAAUAGAUCAAUUAAUUUUUCCUCAGUCAUUUAAAACAAUUAAUCGUAAAAUGAGUCGAAAAAAAAAUUAGAAAAAACACUCAUUAGCUUCAGCGGACAUGUGGUGAGACGAAAUAGUUUUUGGGAAAUAUCUCGACAUUUUUAUAGAGCGCUGUUUCUAGAGGAAUGGUCCCCAUAAAAAUUUUGAUAUGCCAAGACUUAAAAUGAGAUCGGUCAAUUAAUUACUCAACUGGUUAAUUCUACAAUCAACUGAUUAAUUAAUUUUUUCUCAAUCACUCAAAGCCCCUCAGCUGUCUCUCGCCCAGCCCUAGCCCAUUUUUCCUGUAAUAUAUUAAUAACUAAAGUACGUAAUGCACAUAUGCCUUAAAACAGUUUGAUGAGAAUAAUCUCGGAUGCGAUUGUAUACGUAUUAUUAUGUCCCGUAAUAAAGGAAACUUAUGCGUACGAUAAACAGUGUAACAUAGACGUUGUUAAGUGUUUAGUGGAUAAGAGUGAGCAUGAGGAAAGCUAUAGUGGAGUCGUGUGCCUUGAGUUCAAUUAAAAUUUAAAAUAAACAAUUAACAGAAAAUUUAAACUUAAUUAGUUGGUAAUUAAAGAAUGCGGUAUUAAUCAUCGUUUUGUAUUAUUGAAAAUCUUUGAACAACAAAUUACUCUGUAGAGCGAGCAUUGAGGGUUAUUCUGUGCUUGUGUAAACCUGUAAAUAAAUCAGAUAAACGUCA